AUGUCGCAAAAGGUAAUUGCCCAUAAACGAGAGCCUACAGGCUCUCUUCUUAAACAGAGGAUAAGUUCUAUAUCAUCGGACACAAUUGGACAGACAACUGAUGAGAACAAGAAGGCAAGAGUGUUAGAAAAAAAGGACGAUAGUAUAAAAAAGAAACAAAGCCCCGAGGAUAGGUCAAAGUCCAGAAGAAAAGCAUUGCGAGAUUUUUACAAACUGCGAGAUCAGCAACAGCGGAUGCUAAACGAUAAUGUUGAGAAUACUUCGAAAGAGAAACCCCAAACAAAUGGAAAAGAACGGGUGUCGGAGGAACAUUUAAAGUCACUCGAACUAACACCAGAGACAUUUGAUGAAUAUGUCUCAAAGGUUGAUUUCGUACAGUUACUACUGAAGGAGGACGAAAUAUUAGAGGAGUUAGGAAAUAAUCAAAGUGAGACCAAAUCAAUCGUUUAUAAUAAUUACUACGAGCUUAUCAAGAUCAACGACAUCUUGAUGAGCAUGAAAGAGAAGAGUAACAAUGCCAUACGAUCUUCUGGAGGAAAACCAGUGAAGGAAAGUCUGCUCAAUGUGAAAAAAAAUCUACAGAUACUUGAACAGCUCGAUAAAGAUGUUUUUGGAAGCAUAGACGAGAGCUUAAGAAAGAAGAAAAAUGACAUCGAAAAAGCACAAGCAAUAUGUCAUGGCAUCAAUAGAUUGAUGUUGUCUGAUCUGAUAUCGAAGGAUCUUGUUCAGAGGAUUGAUGAUGUUCUUCCACGUCUGAAAAACGAGUCUCUUAUACUUCAAUUGAAUGAAUUGAAAGAACGAGGAAAUGUGCGGGACAAGUAA